UCCAUCUCCUUCGCUCUCUUUUCUUGUUUUCUUCCUUUUCCUUUCUUUUUCUGUCGUUCCCUUUCUUUCUAUUUCUUCCUCGGCCACUCUGUCCUUCUCUUUGUGUCUCUGUUCCUCUGACGGUCCUUCCGCCAGUCUCUAUUUAUAGCCCUCUGACACACCCCCUGUAUCCACCUCUCUGUCUGUCUGUCUCUCCCCCUCCCUCGUCUCAGGUCCAGCUUCUGGUCCCAAUUAGUUGGUGGCGGCCAAGGCAGCGGCAGGUCCCCCACCCCCGGCUCCUCAUUACCGCUGGCAGCUCCUAAUGAGCCUGGGGAGGGGGUGACCCCGCGCCCCCGGCCCCCCGGCCUGCGUCACUGCCCGGUGCGGGGGCUGCGGAGGCGAUAUAAGGGGGUUGCCAGCAUCGCUGCCCCAGCCCACUGCACGGUGAUGGAGACCCGCCAGGUGUCCAGGAGCCCUCGGGUUCGGCUGCUGCUGCUGCUGCUGCUGCUGGUGCCCUGGGGCGUCCGCACUGCCUCGGGAGUCGCCCUGCGUCCGGUCGGGGUCCUCAGCCUCCGCCCCCCAGGACGGGCCUGGGCGGAUCCCGCCACCCCCCGGCCGCGCAGGAGCCUGGCGCUGGCGGACGACGCGGCCUUCCGGGAGCGCGCGCGGUUGCUGGCCGCCCUCGAGCGCCGCCACUGGCUGAACUCGUACAUGCACAAGCUGCUGGUGUUGGAUGCGCCCUGAGCGCGCUGCCCGUCCCCAUCUUAAUAAAGACCAUGCCUUGCGCUCCGGACUGCGCCUCGUUCCUGCGCGACCUGCGUGUGCGUUGGGCUGGGGGCGCGGGGCUGGAAAUGGGGGGUAGAAAAGAGACAGGACUCUGUGUCGGCCACUCUGGCAUCUCUCCCCUCAGUCCCCACUCUAUUUUCUUUCCUCAAUUCCGUUUCUCUGCCUGUCUUUGUCCAGGAAGCUGGCUUCUUUCCUAUUUCUGGAUCUCUGCUUCCCUAUCGCCCCCCACCCCCGCUC